UGAUGGUAACACAGCUGAGCUUUCAUCAAUAAAGCCUUAACAUUAAAGAAUAAUAAGUGCUGCAUGAUACGGGGAUGUGUGCAACAAUGAUUAAGACAUGACGGGACAAAUUGGACUUCAGACGAUUGUUGUAGACCAUGUUCGUUGCUUUUUAAUGUUUUAAAGAUGGUUUUGCUAAGAAUUAUUGCAGGUAUCACAUCAUCAAUAAUCUAUAAGAGUAAGGCAAAGUUGAGAAGGAACCUACUAUACGGACAUGCUCACCAUGAUAUUUUUAAAUUUUGUAACAUAUGUUUAUUCAAAAACACGCAAUAUCAUCGGUAUAAAAUUGAGAAUGGAAAAGGGGAAUAUGUCAAAAAGCCAACAACCGACCAAAGAGCAGACAACAGCCGAAGGCCACCAAUUGAUCUUCAACGAAACGAGAAAAUCCCGUACCCAGAGGUGGUCCUCAGCUAGCCCCUAAAUAAAAUUGUGUACUAGUACAGUGAAAAUGGGCGUCACACUAAACUCCAAAACAAAUAAAUGAACUAAAAUUAAAAAAAAAUACAAGACUAACAAAGGCCAGAGGCUCCUGACUUGGGACAAGCGCAAAAUUGCAAAAAAAAUCUUAAAUUUUGUGAUUUACCAAUAUCUUAAUGAAAACCUGAUUUUUACAAAUACAAACGGAUGUAGAAUGAAACCUUAACAAAAUUAACAUAGAUUCACUUCCUGAAUCAAUAUGACCAGCAAAACAACAUACUUAAAUAAGUUAAAUGAGUGAAAUCGUCAAGACGACUGUUUAUAGGAAUUUCCGUUUUAAAUAACAAUUUUAACAUGUGUGUUCAUUUGUUCUAUUAUCUUAAAAACCAUGAUAAUUAUAUAGAAACCCAGCUACGAAGUAGCCAAAACAGUUAGGUUUUGUUUGUGUUUCAAUACUUAGAUUAGAGGAAUAUGGAAAUCAAUUUGUGCUUUUGUAUGUCACUUUAGUUCAAUUUCGUCACAUGAACUUAAAAUAUAACUGAUGUAUUAAUGACGCACAAGUCAAUAGUUUAACUCAUUUUAAUAUGUAGUCCUGAAUCUUUUAUUUCAAAUUUUAUUGCAGAAGGUUGCGCAUGUGAUCAACAGGUGAUUAAUUUUCUGAAAAGAAAACAAUGUCAAUAUGUGUUAGAAUACGUGUCACUUAGCAAGUUAUUUUUAAAACUGUUGCAAAAUGGACAAUUACUUUUUCCUUUUAUAAUAUUGUUGAUUAUAAAAUUGAGGGCAAAAGAAAAGCAGCCACUCAACCGAAAAAAUAUAAGGCUGUUGCAAAAAUAACUAUAAACUAAAAACAGUUACUUUAUUUCAGUAUCAAUAUUUGACAAACAAUAAUAAACGACAGAUGUUAUUUAUAGCUUAGCAAGAAAUUCCAAACACUAUAAAUAGGAUUUCGGAAAUCAAAGUUUUAAAAUAGCUAUACUUAUCAUCCAAUGUGUUUGCGUUGACGAUUUUGUUCAACAGUCCAACAAACAGGUUUAUGAAAUUAUUUUCUAUAUUUGUGUGUCUGUAGAAAUGUUAGUUUUUCAACACGUGAUCAUCAGUUUAUACACAAAUGGACAAUUUAACUUGAUAUUUCUUUUACCAUUGAUUACAGGUAAAAAAAGGUCUUCAUCAGAUAUGAAUCCAUCUGUUUUUUAUUUUUAUUUUCCCCUGCUGAUGCUUAUACUGCAAUUGGCAUAUUCAUUAAGAUGGAAAGUAGAACACAAAGUGACUGACUAUGGACAAAACUUAAUAUUGUUAUGCAGCGUGUCUAACAGUUGUUUGAAAGAUGCAGGAUGGUAUUUAUGGACUCCUACAAAACGCACAAUUUUUAAAGACGUCAAAACUACUAGUUUAUCAGCUCCACCGAAGUAUUCAGGAUAUGUUCGAACAGAUGGUUUUACUCUUAUCAUAAAGAAUCUUACACUAGCUGAUAUGAACGUUAGUUACUCUUGUGAUUAUGGAUUGCAGUUAGGAGACAAUAUAGUUUUACACAAAGAUGAUGUUUUCAAAAAUGACAGAUCUGGACUAAGUAUCAAUGUACUCGUUCUGAUAAUUACUGGAGGCUCUGUCCUGACCAUUUUUCUGUUAGCAGUUGUCAUUUGUAUGUGUUCUAGAACGCUAUCAUAUGAACAGGUUGAAACAGACGACCCGUUUAAAGGUGUAUGUUUUGUGAAUUUCAGGAAAAACAGACGGCAUUGGUACAAACAAGUUCAUCAUAUAUAACGAAUAUUGUACGCAGAUUGAAGUUUCAUUUGUAUCUUCUCAACCACAAAAACGCACUGAUACAAGUCUCGUGAAAUUCGGAUAUUUGGAAGUGCGCCCAAAACGUACAACAAGAGGAAUGAAUAAUGCUGACAUUGAAAGCGGCCAAAACUAUGAACUCAUAUUGAAGAAACCUUUCAUAGGUUGUAAUGUUCGCGUAAAGUAUACACGAUACUUUCUACAUUAUUUUCCCUAUCCAUGGUACGGACGAAUCAGUCUUCAACACAUAAGAGGAAAUAAAAUGGUCUUCACGAAGAAAGGCAAACUAGAAUAUAAGAGAUAAAAGAAUAAAUCAGCAACAAUAACGCUUCAACUUGCAGAACGUUUCAAGGCUAACUCUUGAAUUGAAUAUAAAUAAAUUGGUACACUAAAUUCUCAAUAAAGUUUAAGCAGUGUUCGAAAAAUAUACAUUUCAGCAAACAUCAAACAGGAAUAAUGCUUGGCAACAUUGAUUUACGUGAUGUGUCUUUUAAUGUUGAGUAGUAGUACAAUAUAUAAGUCUGCCAAAAUACAAAAGUGUGAUAUUUCUAUAUCAACUAGUACUAAGAAAAAUCGUAAAAUAUAUAAGUUAGAAAAACAAUGACAUGAAUGAUGAAUAAAAAUAAAUCUGAAAAUCAGAAUCUCAACAAUUAUGUAUAACAUAUUUAGUUUAUAGAAAAAUAUACUUUACCCAUUUUGGAGAGAAAGUAAGUUAUCGUUUGCAGACAUUCACAUUGUAUAAAUUAAUAUAGGAUACAGUAGUAUACCGAUGUUCUAAGGUCAUACAUCGAUUGAGAGAAAACAAAUCCGGGUUACAAACUAAUUAGGUGUGCAAUUAACUUAGAAAUCCUAACUGUACAAGUUAAUUUCACAUGUUUCAGUAAAUGAAAUCCAUAUCAAAGACACGUAUGGUAUUGUAUUCAUAUAUCAAAGUGAUGGCACUUUCUUUUCCAAUGAUUUCCUUCAUCGUCUAUAGGAAACGUGUCUAGAAAGAUAAACAAACGGGAUUGAAAAGAAGAUCACACUGGCUAAGACGUUUUGGAACAUUGUUUUUUUUCAAUUGCAACCUGAGCAUAUAAAACUGUACAGAAAUAUACUCCCAUUUAAUUACGAACUUCCAGUACUAUUUUUGGACAACUGCUUAAUCAUAUGCAGUGACCUGAACAAUGACAUAGUUCGUUGAAAUGCAACAACCACACAGUGCAAAUGCAAAGGAAGACCCAUGAUGACAAUAAAAGUAAACAUGUAUGGAAUUAGAAUAGUGUUGAAAUAAUUAUACAGCAACACAACUGUCAAAAAGAGGCGAAACAUACCAAAGGGACCUUCAAAGCCAUAAGUAGAAAAUACACUGACAACGCAAUGUCUAAACAAGAAAUUAACCAAUAGACAAACAAUAGAACACAAAACACAACAUACAAAACCAAAGACUAAGCAACACGAACUCCACCAAAAUCUGGUGGUGAUCUCAGGAGCUUCGGAAGGGUGAUCAGAUCCUGGUCCACAUGUGGCACCCGUAGUGUUGGUACAAACCCGGUAAAAAUCGUUGAAGUAACAAAUAGGAACACAUUGAAAGUAUAUGAAAGACCGAUGAUAACCAAAUAAAAGAUUUUGAUUGUUGUUA